AUGUCGAGUGCCUGUGGGGGCUUGUCAUGGCUCACGGCAGUGCUCGUUGGAGGGCUUCUCCAGGGUAUAGUAGCCGAACCUUGGUCACCCGAACAUCAGCACCAUAUUCAGAAACGUGGUGCCGGCAAAUCAUCUUCAGAUAACGACAACUGGUGGGUCGAUUGGUGGCAGAACUACAUCCCCGGAGCAGAAGACCCCAUCGCGGUACCACAUGCGGCUGCUAAUGAUCCAAGGCCAAACUACGAGCCGCCAGCGCCGAGACCGGCGCCUCCGCCAGAGCCCAGACCGGUUCCCCAGCCCCCGCCGGCUCCAAGGCCCACGUAUAGGCCUCCUGUGGUACCCACAGUUGCGCCUGUGCGGCCGAGACCCAACUACGAGCCUCCAGCACCGAGACCGGUAGUUCCCCAGCCUCCGCCUGCUCCACGGCCUACUUAUAGACCUCCGGUGAUACCCACCGUGGCGCCCGUGAGACCCAGACCCAAUUACGAGCCGCCAGCACCGAGACCAGCGCCUCCACCACAGCCGAGGCCGGUACCUCCCCCAGCUCCAAGACCAGCGCCGCCGCCGCCCCAACCAGAGCGUCCAAGGCCUGCUUACCCCACGGUACCACCUCUCAGACCGAGACCGAACUAUGAGCCCCCUGCACCCAGACCGGCACCUCCGCCGGCGCCCAGACCGGUACCACCACCGGCUCCAAGGCCACCACCGCCCCACCAGCUCCCAGGCCCCGCCACCCCCACCAGCCCCAAGGCCUCCACCGCCGCCGGCUCCGAGGCCGUACCCCCACAGAGGCCGAGACCAAAUUAUGAGCCCCCUGCGCCGAGACCGUUCCCUCCCGCGCCGAGACCGAUCCCGCCGCCACCACCACCAGCCCCUAGACCGGUUCCCCCACCACCACCGCCAGCACCACGACCUCAACCCAUUCCAAUCAGGCCGCGACCUCAAUACGAGCCCCCAACGCCUGGACCGGCACCUCCACCGCCACCGCCGGCGCCGAGACCGCCAGUCCCACAGGUGCCCACGAUUCCGCCGAUUCGACCUCGCCCGAAUUAUGAGCCUCCUGCACCAAGACCGGCACCACCACCACCAGCACCGCUUCCCAGGCCACCGGCUCCGAUUCCCACCGAGGCACCCUUCAGACCUCGACCCACACCCAUACCCACUGUUCCUCCCAGACGACCCAUGAACAAUUAUCAACCUCCACCACGAAGGCCUCAACCGGCUCCUCAGCCGAGACCUCAACCGGCUCCUCAGCCGAGACCUCAACCAGUUCCCCAGCCGAGACCUCAACCAAACUUCGAGCCGGAACGUCGGCCAAGACCGCAGCCAGCCCCUCAACCGAGACCCCAGGUCCGGCCUCAGCCGAAUUUCCAGCCGCCUGAGCCUCAGCCCGUUCCGACGAUCCCACCACGAAGGCCCCAGCCAAAUUACGAGCCAGCGCCACAGCCCAUCGCUCCACCGGCGCCCCGGCCUAGACCCCAACCUCUAGCUACGCCUCCCCCACGGAGACCCCAACCAAGCUACGAGCCACCCACGGAACCGGCACCGGUACCGACGGAACCACCAAGACGACCUCAGCCGAAUUAUGAGCCUGAGCCUUUGCCUCAACGACCUCAGAUCAGACCUCAGCCACCUAGACCUCAGGUCAGGCCUCAACCUCUCGCCACGGUCCCUCCGAGAAGACCCCAGCCGAGCUAUGAGCCCGAAGAGCAGCCUCGUCCGGCGCCGCAACCAGCUCCGACCGAGACUCCGCAGAGACCUCUGCCCGACUAUGAACCGGAGCCUCUACCAGCUCCCCGACCACGGCCUCAGCCCGCGCCUCAACCGAGACCGCGUCCCAUUCCAACCGUAGCUCCGAAGCGUCCGCGUCCAAAUUACGAGCCGCCGACGCAGCCCCGACCAGCUGCCGAUCCUUCGAUCGAUGCUCCUCGGCAGAGACCUGUCGCCACAGUCGCUCCCAGAAGGAAACAAGCUCAGUAUGAGCCCACGGACGAGAUAAAGAGGGUGCCGUUCGAGCCUACGAGAGCUCCUCGUGGCCAACCCGCUCCGAUUUCGGAUAAUAGUCUUCCACCACCCGCAUCGGUACCCCGUCGACGACCCGCCACAGAGUCAACUCCACUAGAGCUGACCCCUCUCGAGGAGCAACAGCCCGAACGACCUUCGACGACACUACCGUAA